AUGCGACGGGCUGUAUCGGGCGGAAUGAUCACGCCAAACGAAGAAGCAGCAGCCAGCUGUGCCUCCAAGACGGCAGGCCUCAAGCUCGCGGGAAUUGUCCAGACGUUCCUGCAGCGCGUUCAAGCGGUCAGCGAGUUCUGUCCGGGGCUCUAG